AUUUUGUCCCUUUUGGCUUCCGUCGUCACUUGGAAAAGAUGGCUGCGCACGCAGGCAAAGCACUUCUGUGUCUAGGUCGUACUAGUUUUUCUUACAUUGGACAGUCAAAACCAGCCAGCAGAGUAACGUACGCCACAGCUUUGUCUGUAAACAGUUCUUCCAGGAACAAAGGUCUGCCAGAAAGAAAUGCAAGAGGAACAUUAGGGAGAAGACCAAGGAGAGAAGCAGGGGAGCCCCGGACAGAGAAGAUGGCGAUGGAUCAGGACUGGACUGCGGUUUAUCCGGCUGCAACUCCCUUCAGACCAAACUCCGUCCCCCUCCCUGUGAGGAUGGGCUACCCGGUGAAAGGAGGUGUUCCCCCACACAAGAAGGGCAACUUGGAGUUAAUAAAGAUCCCCAACUUUCUACAUUUGACCCCAGCAGCCAUCAAGAAGCACUGUGAAGCCCUGAAACCUUUCUGCACAGAGUGGCCCUCCGCCUUGGACACGGAGCCCAAAUGUGACCAGCAGUUCCCAGUCAAAGUAGAGAGCAGAGACUUUGUGUCUGCUGGUCCUUCCAUCAGGAACCCUGCAGCUCGCAUCGUUCAGCUCUCAAUCAAGCUGUCCAGUUUGAACUUGGAUGACCACGCACGCAAGAAAAUGCUCAAACUUGUUGGUGAGAGAUACUGCAGAGACACGGAUGUGCUCACCAUCAGAGCCGACAGCUGCCCACUGAGACAGCAGAACUACGACUAUGCCAUGUAUCUGCUGACGGUUCUCUACCACGAGUCUUGGAAAAAGGAGCCAUGGGAGGCUGAGAAGACUGUGGCAGACAUGGAGGAGUAUAUGUGGGAGGACAGCCCAUCCCAAAAGAACAUUUUAGACCUGCUGAUUCGCAUGAAAGGAGAGGGGCAGGAAGCACGGGAGCAGCUGCUGGAGAGGAGGGACGUGCAGGAGUACAGGGACUCCGUCACGAGGCUGAAGAACGAAGGAGGGAGCGAGAGGAGCAUGCAGCAGUACAAGGAGGCCGUUAAGAAAGUCUUCAACCUGGGACAAGGACCUGUCUAAAUACAUGCUGUGCUUGGAUUUCUGAGGAAUCAAACGUCUCACUCACAGCAAAUCAUGUGUGAGCAUCCUUAAGGGUAGAAGGGUCAUGUAAGGUGGAUAUUAUGGCUUAAUACAAAAAUAAAAGCAUAACACGCAU